AUGAACAGCACGUACCGACGCUUCGGUGGGCUUUGUCCAGGCGAGUUCCUCGCAAAAUACACAAACGCUUCGUCAGGCCAGUUCGUGUACCCUCCACAUGAUGGUUACAAUCUUGACACGGCGGGCAAAGUCAUCACGUUCAGUCUCACACUGACGCCCGGUCUGUUCAUUGACCGGUUCGGCAGCGAGUACGGCAAAUACGUCGCUCCGGCGGGCGCGCCGUAUGCACAGCGCAGUUUGCCCCCUGUCAAUCUGAACGCCGCGCAGGAUGCAAAGUAUCCGUAUAAUUAUUAUGUUUACGUGGUUGUGAGGAGCAUCGUUGUGCAGGCCGGACCAAUUGCACCGUGGUUUGGCCAGCAGGGAUUGGGACUACAGUUCCUCAUGCCGUCGACUCUUCUGGAGCUGGUUGAGCAAGGGUAUCUGGCGAGAGUAGAUUUAGAAGCCGAUCCCAAUUGGUGA